CUGAUGGACAUUUCUUUGGUACCGGAAUGAAUUCAGGCCAACGGCCUUACUAACAUCGUUCAUACUGCCUCCAAUCCUUCCACCGCCGCAAGGCUCAUCCUGGUAAAAAAUGGUGUCAGAAGAAACCGGAGCGCCUCAACAGGGGGCAGUCUGGAAGAUGGGACCAAAAGCCAAGCCGGCCAAAGAGGGCGAUGUACGUCACCAGCAGGAAGAGGAACCGGCUGGAAGAGCACUACCUGCGCAAACAGACAUGGCUGACCAACUAACAGAAGAGCAGAUUGCUGAGUUCAAGGAGGCCUUCUCCCUUGUCGAUAAGGACGGCGACGGCACCAUCACCACCAAGGAGCUGGGCACCGUGAUGCACUCUCUGGGCCAGAACCCCAGGGAGACCGAGCUGCAGGACAUGAUCAACGAGGUGGAUGCCGACGGCAACGGCACCAUCGACUUCCCAGAGUUCCUGACCAUGAUGGCGAGGAAGAUGAAGGACACAGACAGCGAGGAGGAGAUCAGGGAGGCCUUCCGAGUGUUUGACAAGAGCGGCAAACGGUAGCGGCAGCGGUACACGCGGU